AUGGGGAAGACAAGCAAGGAUAAACGAGAUUUAUACUACCGACGAGCCAAGGAAGAUGGAUAUAGAGCACGUUCAGCGUACAAGCUACUCCAGCUAGACCAACAGUUUAACCUACUAAGCAACAUCACUCGUGUCGUUGAUCUUUGUGCAGCACCAGGAUCGUGGUCCCAAGUGCUUAGCCAUAAACUAGGGUCCAACCCAGAUGCUAGAAUUGUUGCUGUUGAUUUACAACCAAUGACUCCUAUAGACCAUGUGACCACGUUGCAAGCAGAUAUAACCCAUCCCAGAACAUUGCAACAGAUCUUGGAUUGCUUUAAAGAAGGAGAUGCAGCUGGCAGUGGUGGAGGUAAUGCCUUGGCGGACUUUGUAUGCAGCGAUGGAGCCCCAGAUGUCACUGGGUUACAUGACUUGGAUGAAUAUGUGCAGCACCAACUUGUAUGGUCGGCAUUCCAAUUAACCACGUGUAUUUUGAAACCUGGUGGAGCCUUUGUGGCAAAGAUUUUCCGUGGCCGUGAUAUCGAUCUAAUGUAUAAUCAAUUGCUGAAGUUUUUCACAAAAAUCUAUUGCGCCAAACCUCGUAGUUCGAGAGGUACCAGUUUAGAAGCAUUCAUUGUAUGUUUAGGAUACAAGCCUAUCCCCAACUGGACACCAAAAUUGGAUUUGAAUCAACUGACAGAUGAGUUUUUUGAAGGUGCUGGUAUAAAGCGCAAUGAGGAUGUGUUUGAUAAUGACGAAAAUGAUGAGAGGUUGAUUGUUGAGUUUAUUGCAUGUGGUGAUAUAGAUGACAUUGACUCAGAUGCAACUUAUUCGUUGGAUCUCGAUUCUGUUACAUUAGACCCUGUUCAAAGGCCUACUGCACCCCCGUAUAAAAAGGCCUUAGAAAUGAAACGAAAUGGUAAAUUAGCAAGGAGAUAA